CAACAAGCCUCUUAUUGCCCCUCCUCUCUGUUUCCUAUAGUCUUGUCAAGGGCAUUGCUGUGGCUUUUUCUGGUCAAGUAAAUGAAGGAAGAGAUUCUCGUAUGACUAAAGCACAACGCACGUCAUCAUCUUAUGGAGGGGCUCCUGUCGCUUUAAAGGAGUGCGAUCCUUCCCCUACCCAUCAGAGCUGUUGCCGUGACAGCUUGUGUUGCUAUGGUAUCUGCCCCUCCACUCCCCUCCCUCCCCUCUGCACUGCGCACGGCCUGUUUCCAUGGCCACAUCCCUGAGUGACAGGUGGUCCUCACAUAGACACGGCAUCUUAAACAGUCCCACUGCGUCCCCCCUACCCCCCGCCUCCUCCUCUCCACGGAGCUCUGCUACCACCAGGGGUAGGAGUAAGCCCCUCUCCUUGACUCUCACUUGCUCUUUGUCCAUCCGAGCUCUGCGUCCCAUCGCCUGCUGCAUAUUUAUUCAAAAGCAGAUAACAAGCUUGAAAGGGGCUACCACCUGCCGCUGUGCAGGUCCCAUCCAGCCCAGAGGAACAGAGGGUUGCUGGACACACACACACACACUCACACACACACACGUCUCUUUGGAUUAUUGUGAGUGCGCCAGCCGAGUCUGGAAUAGUGAGGCUGGCUACUCACCAGCGAAGGAGCGUCACGUCCUUUCCACAUCCCCCUGAAGUCUGCAGUGGCGUGACCAGCUGUUGGCUAAUGCAGUGUGUGUGUCCACGGCGACACACAGAGCCCAGCGUGCGCGCACACGCUGACAGAAUACGUAGUGUUACCAUGGCAGCAAGUGGGAGCGCUCAAGGAGUGAAGGCGUUGCCUUCGGCUGUUCAGCGCUGCUCCUUUUUCCUCCUGCUGUUGAUCUCUCCAUUCUCCACACUUGUCCACUCUGCCUCUUCACCCUCUCACAGCAGGUGUUUGCAUUUUAAAUGACAUCUGUUCCUUGACAUUUAUGAGCUAUGAAUGGAACGUACCUAGCUGCCACCUUAACUUAAACUGCAGGUCCAAAAUGUUCUUUCUCUUGCUUAUUACCUUUUCAUUUGUGUGACACAUAGAUGUGUUCAGUCUGAUUUUGACUGACUGUGUUUCUACAGCCGUCCCACUUAUGUGUACUCCGACUCUCUAGUCCCUCCUUUCCAUGUCCCCGGAGUGGAAACAUGAUACAAAUGAAUGAUACAAGCCCUCCAGCCAUGCACAUACAUUCAAACAUGCUUACUUCCUUCCCACUGCAUAGUCUGACUCACUUGUUUGCCUUCUGUCUGAAGUUGACUGUCACUGCUUCUGCGCUGUGUGUCCUUUCUGUCUUUGCCUUUCUUCCUCUCCAAUUCACUGGUAGGUCAAAUUGAAACAGUGAACAAGCCUGACUAAUUCUCUUGAACUUGUAAAAUGCCUCCUUUGAACACUAACUGAGACAUGCCCCCUGUAUAACUAAGUGUAAACUUUGGUCUGGUUAAUUAUUAAUGAGAGAAAAGUUACUGAGCCUAAUGCACUCUGUCAAGUGUGAUUUUUAAAUUCUAAAGUCAGAAAGUCAGGCUCUUACUGCACACUUUAACAUUAAGACAAAUUCAGCCAUGUGGCACUUCAUCUGUUAUGCACACACGCACAAAAAAAACGCACACACCUUACCCUGGGUCCGCCUCCAUACCUCAUGUAUGCACUUACGUUUUCACUUUGACAGUGAAUACUUGAGCAGCAACAGACACAGGAAGUGUUGCACAUUGCUCUUACAGCAUGCAACAAGACAAGCAAUAAGACUGAGGAGGACUCGCGCAGGUACCGUAUCGGCACUUUACUUUGGGACUCACUUUGAAAGCAGGGUGAGAUCAGGAGGGCAGGAAAGGAAGGAAAAGGAGACCAGAAUCGGUGGAGGCCAGCCCUGUGGUGGUGGAAAAGUCCAGCUACCCACACCAGAUCUACAGCAGCAGUUCUCACCAUUCCCACAGUUACAUUGGCCUGCCAUACGCUGACCAUAACUAUGGGGCGCGACCCCCACCCACUCCACCAGCCUCCCCUCCCCCCUCCAUGUUGAUCCGACAAGGAGAGGGGGGGUUGUUCGUUCCAGGGGGCCAGGACGAAGCAUCCAGGGGCACCACGCUCAGCACAUCAGAGGAUGGCAGCUACGGGGCUGACAUCACCCGCUGCAUCUGUGGCUUCACUCACGAUGACGGUUACAUGAUAUGCUGUGACAAGUGCAGUGCCUGGCAGCAUAUAGACUGCAUGGGCAUCGACAGGCAGAACAUUCCUGAGACCUACCUGUGUGAACGCUGCCAACCUCGACACCUGGACAGAGAGAGGGCCAUCCUGCUGCAGACCAGGAAACGUGAAUGUUUAUCUGAUGGAGACACCAGUGCUACCGAGAGUGGAGAUGAGGUGCCGCUAGAGCUCUACUCCACAUUCCAACACACACCUACCACCAUCACCCUGACUACCGGGCGCCUUGGCAAUAAGCAGGCUGAUAAAAAACGCAAAAAGAGUGGUGAUAAAGAGCCUCCAGCGUCAUCUGCUCGAGCUAAAAAGGCCUUCCGCGAGGGGUCCAGAAAGUCCUCCAGAGUAAAGGGUGCAGCUCCAGAGCAGGAGCCAACAGAGCACCCGUCUCUGUGGGAGAGCAAGAUCAAGACGUGGAUGGAGCGUUACGAGGAGGCCAGCAGCAAUCAGUACAGUGAGGACGUCCAGGUCCUAUUGCGUGUUAAAGAGCAAGGCGACGGCAAGAGCCUGGCAUACAACACGCACCCUGCCUCUUUCAAACCCCCUGUGGAGAGUCAAGUUCAAAAGAACAAGAAGAUCCUCAAGGCGGUGCGAGACUUGGCCCCAGACUCCCUCAUCAUUGAGUAUAGGGGAAAGUUCAUGCUUCGACAGCAGUUUGAAGCCAACGGAUACUUCUUCAAGAGGCCAUACCCAUUUGUGUUAUUUUAUUCUAAAUUUGAUGGACUGGAGAUGUGCGUGGACGCACGCAGCUUUGGAAACGAAGCACGCUUCAUCCGUCGCUCCUGCACCCCUAAUUCCGAAGUGCGUCACGUCAUCGAGGAUGGCAUGUUGCAUUUAUAUAUCUACUCACUGAGACCCAUCAUCAAGGGCACAGAGAUCACCAUUGGUUUUGAUUUUGACUAUGGCAGCUGUAAAUACAAGGUGGACUGUGCCUGUGUGAAGGGGAACCAGGAGUGCCCGGUGCUCAAGCACAACAUGGAGCCCACAGAGAACUUGGGCUCCGGAGGCCGGCGUCGAGGGAGUCGCAAGGAUAAGGAGACGGUUCGGGACGACCAGGGCCAGAACCAGAACAUGGGUCUGGAUGGAGAGGGGAAGGGCAAGAGCUUGGGCGAAGGCAAACAGAGGAAACUGUCUCCUCUCCGCCUCUCCAUCUCAAACAACCAGGAUCCUGAAUUAUAUGAGGAUCUAGAAGACAAAACGUCCGUUAGCAAUGAAGUAGAGAUGGAGUCAGAGGAGCAGAUUGCAGAGAGGAGGAGGAAGAUGGCCAGCGCAGCGGAGCAGUCCCAUCUCCCUGUCGGGGCGGCUUCCAGCUGGAAGGGGCUGAAACGCAAGGAGACACGAGAGGAAAGGAAGAUGGAAGCCAUCCUGCAAGCCUUUGCCCGAAUGGAGAAGAGAGAGAAACGCAGGGAGCAGGCCCUGGAGAGAAUUGGUAGCAUCAAGUCAGAGGUCGGCGGCCGCAGCGACAUCAAGGAGGAGCCUCCAGCCACACCGGAGACGGCAGAUUCUCCAGCUGUCAUGCAGCCAAUUCUGGAGGUUAAAGAGGAGCCAGGAUUAAAGCCGGCCAAGGUCAAAGGUUCGAGGAACAGGAAGAGUUUCUCAAGGAACCGCACGCAUAUUGGCCAGCAGCGCCGGCGAGCUCGCACCAUCAGCACCUGCUCUGACUUGCCCCCUGGUUCUCCAGUUGAAUCUGUGGAGCCUCUGAACCACGAAGCCCCUGAGGGAGAGACACCCACCGCACCAGAGCCGGAGACCAUCUCUUCUCAAGCACCAGACACCAGCCCUCCGCAUAGCAGCUCACCCGCACCUGACAGGAACCGCACCGGGAGCAAGAACUUCAAAACUAAAAAACACUUUGUGAGUGAGUGGGUAGGUGAGAAGCAGCAGGACCGCAGUGCAGUACGAACCCCCGAGCCGGCCCCAGAGAGGCCGCUGAGAAUAAGCAGUGACCCUGAAGUCCUGGCAACACAGCUAAACGCCCUACCAGGCAUGGCCUGCUCUCCACAGGUCUACAGCACGCCCAAACACUACGUCCGCUUCUCAUCUCCAUUCCUGGCAAACCGCAGCCCCACAACUCCCGGAGUUCCCACUGGGAGACGGCGUUCCAGAGAACUACCAGAGACGCCGCCGACCACUGGCUCCUGCAAGAAGCGAUGGUUAAAGCAGGCUCUAGAGGAAGAGGGCUCCACCAGUCCAGCCAGACGACCGAGCCUCCUCAUGCCCUGCGAGGGUCCUCUCAGCCCCUCCAUUAAUGGAGACUCUGACAGCCCUCUGCCAUACAAUGGCACCUGCUCACUACCGGAGUUGCCCACACCUUUGAAAAAGCGGCGGCUGAGUCCGUUAGAUGCCUGUAUGUCUGAGAGCUCGACACCUUACGGUUCCCCCUGUGCCACGCCCACCAGGGCAGACCAAUCAGAGACACCCAUAACCCCCAAUUUAUUGGCUACCCCACCACGUCCCCGAACAGAGGAGCCAAGUACAGAGCCCCUUUCCAACACCCCAACGCAGACACUUAACGCUCCUCUGGAGAGUGAAUCUUCAAUGGAAAGCUCCCCAGAGGUCAGCCGGAAACCCAGUAUACAAGAGGCUGACCGUGCUCCUUCGCUGGUCUCCUCUCCCUGUGUCAGGGCUCCCAGCUCAGACGUACUCCCAACAGACGCCAAAGUGUCGGUUCCCGAGAGUCCACAGCCUCCCGCUGCUGAGUCUUUGGACUGUGGAGAGGACAGGGCUGAUGGUGGGGUUGCAGAAGGCGGCACCGAGGCGACGUCGUCUGCAGAAACAUGUGCUUCCUCUUUUCCUGGCUGGAUUAAAAGCCCAGACAGAGGCUUGACUGGACCAGCUGGCCUGAACUUCUCUCCAGUCAACUCAAACUUAAGGGACCUCACACCCUCACACACCCUGGAGCCUCUGGCAGCUCCCUUCAGGCCCGAUGCUGCAGCUGGGGCUGCGGCAGGGUCAGCAGCAGGGACAGGCUCAUUGGUUGGUUCACAGGCCCCCUUCAGUGAAGGCCAGGGGCAGCUCUUUUACCCCUGCACUGAGGAGGGGGGGUCACUCAGCUUCUCGCGCUCACUGAACGGGGAUGGCAGUGGUGAGGGGGGAGGAUCAGCGCAGAACCCCCCACAGAAGAAGAAGGUUUCCCUGCUAGAGUACAGGAAACGUCAGCGUGAAGCUCGUCGCAGCGGCUCCAAGACCGAGUGCAGCUCUCCUGUUUCCACCGUGCCACCUUUGACCGUGGACGCCUUCCCUGUUGCGCUCGAGGCCACCAGUGAGCCUCCGCUGCCCCCUGCUCCCGCUGCUCUCUGCAACACCGCCAUUGUGAAAGAACCCCAGACGAAUGAGGAGGCAGACAUGCCUGGGGAGAAGGAAGGAGGAGAAGGACAGUGGACGUCGUCCACUUCUGUUGAGCAGGCCCGAGAACGCAGCUACCACAGAGCCCUGCUGCUCAGCAAAGACAAGGACACGGAUGGUGAGACAGAAGGUGGAGACACACCUGCACUGAGAGAUUGUCCAUCUCCAGGUCUUCAAAAGACCCCAACCCACACACCCUGCUCUCCUGGUCCUCAUGCCCAACCUCCGAGUCGGCCAGCGAAGGAGGAGGACGGCGACAGUCAGCCUCGGACACCAAAUCCGACCAGCAAGCCUGCAGGACCCAAGCCGGCUCCCCUGACCCCCACGAAGCUGCAUGUCUCCACGUUACCCUCCUCACCUGUCCACUACCCUGGGGCCUCACACCUCCACUCUCCCAAGCCUCAGCCUCAGGGCUCUCCCUACCGCAGCCAGAGGGCGCUAUUCUCUGCUCAGCCUCAGAACCAACCUCAGCCCCAGGCUCAGACUGGCCCAGCUCCUUUCUCCCAGUAUAACUCACAGAGUGCUCCACCACCACCACCACCUCCUCCACCUGCACCACCGGCCUCCACAGCUUAUUUUCCAAGCCCGAGCCCCUCGCCUGCCGGACCUUUCCCUGGGUUUAAACCUGCCGUCACUCCCCCUUACCCUCCUGGUUCUCAGCCCCUGAUGCAGACUCUUCCUCACAGCGUGCACUAUCAGAGCUCAGCAGCUCCACCGCCGCCGCCGCCUCCGCCCCCACACCCGAUGCCAGGCCCCGCCCUGCUGCACGUCAACCUGCAGCCUCCUCCCAUCCAGCAGCACCAGCUCUUGCUGCCGACCGCCCCUCCUCCACCGCCUCCCCCACAGGGCCAGACCUCACAGCAGCAGCAGCAAUCCCAGCAACAGCCUCCUGGUGGGAGCACACUGUUGUCCCUCACCCCUCCUCCGCCUCCUCCACCACCUCCCCCCGCGCCUUCAGCUAACACCCCGAUGCAGGCCCACCACUUUCAGAACUUAGGGGGUUUUCAGCCGGCAAUGCUGCACCCGGGCGCUGCUGCCAACCCUUCAGUGCCCCCAUCCACGUACCCCCCACCCCUUCAGCAGAGCGGACUGCCUCCACCUCCCCCUCCGCCUCCCCAACAGACUCAACAAGGCCAGGCCCAGGCCGCUGCCUCCCAGAUGCCUUCUGGGACUCGUGGAGCUCCUGCGUCCUCGACCCCCUUCCACAGCUCGGGGUACCUGAGCACAGGGUGGCACUGACGGCCCUUCUCUGCUGUCGGCCCCCCAGCAGCCCCGAAGAACUCAGCCCGAGAGGGGCGUGUACCAUAAGCUGUAGAUACGUUUUCUAUGUACCUGAACACAUGGCCAGUGGAAAAACAUCUGAUUGUGGGAUAAAAGGAUACUUUUUAACAAAACAAUAGAAAAACAAGGACAGAAAAAAUUUUAGAGAAAACGGACGGUGAAAUAAUCUUCAAGACAAACUGUAAAAAAAAAAAAUAUGAAGAUGAACGAUUCCCCGGUGCUCAUAUCCCUCUCUCUGGCCUCCUUUUGUUUUUAUAUAUCUUUCCCGUGCUGGAGAGGAAAGCUCUCUGUUCUGUGUCUUGUUUGGACUCCCGUGUUAACGCCCCGCACUUUGUUUAUCAAUGGACAUUCCAGCCUGUGCCCCUCCUCCCUCUCCUUCCCUUCCUCCUGCUCCUCCUCCUCUGUCAGUUAUUCCUUUUACUUCCUCUUCUUUCUCGUCUGUCGUCGGCUCUCUACACCAUUUAUUUGUUUUAAUCUAGAGGCUCAUUAUAGUAAAGAGAAAGCUUUUUGUAUAGAGAAAAAAAACACAAUUAUUUUUUUUAUUCCUCUGUCUAACAACAAAAAUAUCUGUUCACCGCUGCAGAUUCAGAAAAGACCCAUUUUUUUAGGAUCCUGCCUCACCGCCCUGGGAGGCUGCACUCGUGUGUGUGUGUGUGUGUGUGUGUGCGCGCGCGCCUGUGAGCGUGUUAGUUGUAUGUAUGGCUGCUUAGAGGAGUGUGUUUGUGCAUGUGUGCGCGAUUUCGUGUUACGAGUGCUUGUAAUCUUCUGAGGUAGGCGGAGUGGUCUUGCCCCACAGGUAGGACGUUAGCGGUUUAUUUUUGAAUAUGAAUCGUUAUUUGUAGAAAGUGUAAUUUAAUGUAUAGGUGGUUACUCCAGCUUUCACCAGGAACAGGUUGUAAAUAUUCGCUUCUUUUCUUUUCUAUGCUUGUACAAUUCGCUCCCAUCCCAUUUUGAAAUAUGGUUGUACAUAUGAACGCUCUUCUUGGCAAAGCUGAAUGUUUCUGUGACUGUAGCAUUACUUUUAUUUUAUUUUAUCCCCACCUCCCCUCACCCCCUCUCUGGACUCUUCAACUUUUGUCUAUUUUUUUUUUUUUUAUUAUUAUUUGUGUGUGUGUGAGUGUAUGUUUGUGUGGAGGGGAGAGACUCACAGACACUGCACUGGUGGCUAUUUUCAUGGUUCAUUAUAAUAAAUCACUGUAAUGACAGUUUUAUACAA